AUCGCACGCUAUUCCCAUGAGCGCACCAGCUGAAAACGAGUCAAUAAAACGAUUUUACUCGUGAAGUGUACCUCAGGAAAGUUGGUCGAACAGUCAUAGCGCAGGUCGAUAUUAACAAAUUUUAGCCAAUAACAUGGAAACCGUUUUUUGUCGAAUCAAAUCAGCCAUUUUCCCUAUAAACCCUGAAUUGCUAAAAUUGAAAAUCAGCUACUUUCUCGUUUACGCAUGCUUAUACUCGUCAAUGCCUUAUAUCUCCAUCAUCGUUACCCAUAUAAUCAAUUACCAACAGCUAUCCAUUAUCUUCAUGUGUGCCACGGCUAUUUCCACACUGGGACCUAUCGUUACAGGAUUCGUGGCCGAUAAAUUGGGAAUUUACAAGGCGAUUAUAAUUGGUGCUGGAUUCUUGACGGGGUUCAUUCACUUGCCGCUCCUUUGGCUCGAGUCGGCUCACAAAAUUCACGUGGCCGAACUUAACGAGACCAUUCAGUUGGCUAGCGGCCCAGCACUGACGUCCGUCGUUAGCUCCACCGCCGCCGCUGUGCCAAGUGAAUACAUUUUCCCAAUCUUGCUGUUAAUUCGGAUCCUGGGCUUUUUAUUCUUGGAUGCCACCCUCACGCUUCUGGAUGCUGCCGGGCUCGCGAUCUCCAAGAAACACGGAGCAGAUUUUGGCCAGCAGAAAAUGGCAGGGUCACUGAGUGCAAUCAUUGUCCCGUUGACGUGCGGACUCUUGAUUGACGCUAUUUCAGAGAAAUUAGGCUACACGGAUUAUUCGAUCGCAUUCUACAUCAGUGCCGGAUUUGUUGUGAUUCUGAUGCCGAUCAUCUACCGCCUGGAAAUUGACGUUCAAAAGAACAAGCAAUCAAUAAUUUCUACAGCCAAAAGCGUUAUUGGAAUGAUUGACGUCGACGUCUUCCUUUUUGUCGAAAUCUUCGUGGGUGCCUGCAUGGGAUUUCACUUGACGUUUCUCAGCGUCUACGUCGAUGCAGAACUGAUUGCGCCUAAAACUAUUUACGGGCUUGCUACCAGUUGUAACGGAAUCAGCGCCGUGAUUUCUUUAUCUGUUGCGAAACCGAUUAUUGAUCGCUUGGGAGAGGCGAACACGGUAGCCCUCGGAUUGGCGCUCUACUCGAUUCGAUUCGCCGUCUUUUAUUUUCUACAGAACCCUUGGAUUUUGAUUGCUACCGAAUCAUUGGAGGGAUUUAGCGGAUUUCUUGGAAUCGUCACGGGCAGCUAUUAUUGUGCAGCUGCAGCACCGCCCGGAAUGCUGGCAUCCCUCAAUGGAAUUUUCUCUGCAGCCGCAUUCGGUCUUGGUAGAGGAAUCGGCACAUCUGUCGGAAGUCUUCUCAUAUCGUCCUAUGGAAUUCGGUCAACAUAUCUAUUGCUCAGUAUGGUUGCUGGGUCGGUGGCCAUUUUAUACCUGGUGGUCUACCACCUGGUGUUGAAGAAACUUGAACAUAAAAGAUUGAUGUUGACUCGAUCGGAACAAGGUGAGGCGACAGCUCAAGCGAAUGGCGACAGCAGUACCCUCAAGGAUGAUAUUAUUGAAGUCACACCUUUGUAGGAUAAUUGAAAUGGUUGAAAUGCAAGUAUAUAUCAAUCACCCGGACAUACACUUGAAAGACCCCGUGUCACUCUUUUGGUGCUUCAUUGGUAUCUCGCUUUCUCACAGUGCCCAACCGUCAUGUUUAUAUUUUUCGCGGGUUCCAGGAGAUUACAUUUCGCGUGUUCCGCUUAAUAUCGACGAGUAUUGGUUGUUUGUUUUUUAAGUUAGAAAUGUAUUGUUCGGACGAUACACUAUACAGGCCAACAUACAAGAGUGGACAAUAUGGGAGCGCGUCAGCUUAUUACACAGCACACAAAACAUACGAUAUAGCGAAACGGACCACAAAAGGGCGUGGGCAUUCUCUAGCUUUUUCUUGUUUUAGCGAAGAAGUCCGUCCGUUCAAAAACACCUGGAUUUCGGCUGUUACGAUUUCAUCAAUGUCACUGUUUAUUAUAACAGCCCAGGCCGUCUAUUCUUUGCUUUCCAUUUCGAUCGAUGUGGACCACGCGCUUCGAUACUAUUUUUACGAAUGCGGUCACGCUGUUGAUUCUGCCGAUUUCACACGUCUAAGACACGCGAAAUCCACCUCAUUCCAAUAUAUCAAUAUGUAAUUAGACUUGAUGGUAUAUACCAAUGCCCAUGGACAGUUGUGUGGCUUUGUUUUCCGUACACGGACUUUCUACUAGCAAUAUACCAAUUAGUGUGUUGUACAAAUGAGUGAAAAGUUGGAACGAAUGAGAGAUGCCGGUGUGUGUGUGUGUGUGUGUUCAAGUUUCCAGCAGGGACGCAAACUUGUUAUAAACCAAUCGGUAUCUUAUUAUGUAGUAUUAUCAAACAGAUGCCAAUCCAAUUUUUAUUCUAGACAAAAUAGUAUAAUGAACGUGAUGGAUUUGUUGAGAGUAAUAUAGUAUUACGAUGUAGGACUUGAAUAGCCGUGCUACGAGGAGAUGCAAAUUUCAUACGGCAAUCAGGAGGACUUCAUGACUGACUGAUAUAUCUUUUUUGAAAAAGCAACUCCGUCUGGGAAAGAUGAAGUCGAAAAAAUAAAUCGAGAAUUUCAAAAAAUAA